AUGUCGACCACCGUUACCUCGCCGGUGAAGGAAACCCUGCACGACUCUGUUUUUGCGGCAGUUAACGGAGACAAGCAACUCAAGGUCGAAGAUGUUCAGGAAGCCUACAUCGAGAACAAGGAUCGCCUGGUAGCAGCAAUUGACUCGACGAAGGAGAUACUUUCCGAGAUUCGUACUUUCAACAAGGAUGAGUGGGUUGUACGAUACCCUCAACUCCGCGAACAAAAGACACAACAAGAUGAAGAUGUUGAACCAACGGAGGCGUCUUCUUCAAGACCCCGCAAAUCUAUGCGUCGUUCUCUUUCCUUUGCUGAUGACCCGACAUUCGAAACCGAGGUAAUCAUCGGUAGCCAAAGACACGGUCCAACUCGGUCAAUGACUUUGGCAUCCAUCCCUGACUCCCAGGGAAAGGAGGAAGAUGCACAGUCUACCGAGGAUAUAAAGAAAGACGCGGAAGAUGAACGAUUACUUUCAGCCUCGGAUUUUAAUGUUCUCCGUCUGGAUCUCAAACUUGGCUCUCACCACUCUUCAUCUUCUGCUGCUUCGCUCGUCUCACAACUUGAAAAGGCAUCCAUCGCGAACCUUCUCGACGAACGAAUCGGCGCAUCCGUCAACCACAUCGACAAACUGAGGUUACGAGUGGAAGACACCUCGUCCAAGGUACUCGUCACCGGUGAUCUCAAUGCCGGAAAGUCUACCUUCGUCAAUGCUCUCUUACGACGGGAGGUAAUGCCUGUUGAUCAACAGCCCUGUACUACGGCUUUCUGCGAGGUCCACGACGCCGCGGAAAAUCAAGGGAAGGAAGAAGUCCAUGUUGUCAAGGACGGUGCCAUAUAUGACAUCAACGACACCUCCACAUUCACCAAAGGAGAGAUCUCUGAUCUUGAAGAAAUUGUUGCAGACAAUGAACAUACUCAACGAAUGAUUAAGUUGUACCUUGCAGACACCAGAGCUCCUUCAGAAUCUCUUCUCAAUAACGGUGUGGUCGACAUUUCACUCAUUGAUGCACCUGGCCUCAAUAGGGACAGUUUGAAGACGACUGCUCUCUUUGCCCGUCAAGAAGAAAUCGACGUUGUCGUCUUUGUCGUCUCCGCCGAGAACCAUUUCACACUUUCCGCCAAGGAAUUCCUCUGGAAUGCCAGCAACGAGAAGGCAUACUUGUUCAUCGUAGUCAACAAAUACGAUCAAAUCAAGAACAAAGAGAAGUGCCGAAGGAUGGUCCUUGAACAAAUUAAACAACUCAGCCCAAGGACCUACGAAGACGCUGAUGAUCUUGUCCAUUUCGUCGACUCUGCAUCUGCCCUUCAACCUUUUGCCGCUAAUCCAUCCUUUGAUGACCUUGAACAAUCUCUCCGAUCUUUCGUUCUUGUCAAGAGAUCGAAAUCUAAGCUUCAACCCGUCUCCACUUACCUUUCCAACCUUCUUGCUGACAUUGAACUCCUUGCGGGAGCUAACGCCAUCGUCGCCGAAUCCGAGCUUCAGCAAGCACGUGACAACUUGACAUUGGCUCGGCCAAUUCUCGAGAAGAUGAAAAAAGGCCGUGAUGUUCUGGAGGAGGCCUUAGAGUCCGUUGAAGAGUCAGGAGCGGGUGAAGCCUCUUCGAGGACCAAGAAGCUUCUCACUGACGCCCUCGAAAAGGUUGGUCAAGGUCUACUCGCCGUCGACAAGCCUCUUGUCCCUAUGCCGUCGUAUCCUGGAUUCCUCGGAAUCUGGGAUUAUGCACGCGACGUUCGCAGGGCAUUGCUUGCUAGCUUAGAUGCCGCUGUUAUUCUCUCAGAAAACGAAGCUCGGGUCGUCACCACGAAUGGCGUUGACAAGAUCAAAAAUCUUGGUGAGGAACAUCUUCCUCAGGGUGUAGAACGCAGCCGAAGGAUCUUCAUGCCUGAGGCCAUGUUCAGCGUCGCAAGAAGGGCCGGAAAGGGAAUGAAGAGACGGUCAUCAUCGUCAUACAGCAAUAUCGGUGGAGCCAUCGUCGCUGGAGGUAUGCACGGCCUCGGUAUCGGUCUUGCUCAACGACCCGACAUGCUCGAGACCACUUUCUUCGACUUGUUCGACGUCAAUCACCAGUUCUUCCUUCACUUCGGCGAUGGAAAGGAACAGUCAGAAGACGAAACAACGAGUCCUACAGCUCUUGGUCUUGUCAGUGUUGGCGUGGGUGCGCUUACUAUGGUUGGUGGCCAAGCUGUGGGUAUUCGCGGCGUCAUCGAGGGUAUUGUCCGCAUUACCGACCUCUUCGGUAACGAGACCGCUCGCAAGUGGGCCGCUCCUGUUAUCGGCGCGGUCACUAUAGGUUUGACAGCAUAUCUUAUUCUCGAGCUGCCUAGCUCCAUUCCACGAACAGUUGGAAGAAGAGUCAAAGCGUCAGUGCUGGCUCGUGGUGAUGAUCGUGACGUUCAUUUUGUGGAUGCCCACGCUGCCCGUAUCAGCCGUGAGACGAGAAAGGUUUUGAGACUUGCGUCUUGGGAUUUGAAAGAGCGCUUCAGAGGUGCUAUGGAGGAGCGUUCGAAGGAGGUCAAGGGUGCAGAGGAGUUGGAGAAGAAGGCGCUGAGGGCGAAGGAGUGGUUUGGAAGUGUUAGUGAAAGGACAUGCACCAUCAGAGAAGUCGCGAAGUUGGAAACCAUCGGCGCUUAG